AUGGGCAAUACUACGAAUUUCUUGAUGUUAAGUGAUGUUGUAUAUAAGGCGGUUGAAGAAGUUAUUGAUAAAAAUAUCUCAAAAAAUAUAAACAUAUGGAUAUCAAAGCUAACGGAGGAACUAACGCAUUUAUUUGAUCGAUUUAUAUGUGGUAUACUAAAGCAAACAUUUAUCAUCAAUAUGUGCGGCUCCUGUACAGCCGCAAUGAUAAGUUUGGAGAAAAAUCAUGAAAUGAUAAAAGAAAUACGGUAUUUGAUGCUUAAUGAAUAUGAAAGGAAUCGUAAUAGUUCUAAUGAGUGUAGUUCUAAUGAAAGUAGUUCUAAUGAGUGUAGUUCUAAUGAGAUGAGUUAUAAUAACGACAGUGAUGACAGUUAUAAUAAAUUGAUUUCGUAUGAUACUUCCGAAGAAGAAAUGGAAAAUAUAGAAAAGAGAAUUUAUAAGAAACAACAGCGAAGUGAUAUAAUAUCGGUGAAAGAAGCAAUACAUAUAAUACAGAUUAUAAUACGUGAUGCUAAUAACUAUAUAAAAGAAGAAGUCGUAAAAAUGAAUGAUGCCUAUGGCAGAAUAACGGCCAAAAAUGUAUAUUCUCCCGUAAACGUGCCACCUUAUAAGACUUCCGUUAAACAUGGAUACGCGAUGUUGGCCAGCGACGGGAAGGGUGUAAGGAAAGUAUUGAAAGCACAAACCACGUUUGAUAAAAUUUCUGUCGUGCCUGGCACCUGCGUGCGUGUAAGAAGUGGAGAUCCCAUACCCAAUGGAGCAAAUACGGUUGUAACGCCAGAGAAUAUAAAGAUAUUGGACGAAUGCAAGGAUAAUGAUGAUGAUUAUUUUAAUAUCGACAAGGAAUACGAAAUUGAAGUCUUGGUUGCUCCGGAAAUAAACGAGAACAUCAGAAACGCUGGAGACGAAAUAAAGUGUUCCCAACUUAUUGUACGAACGUUUGUAUGUCUCGGACCAGCGGAACUGGGUAUUUUGACAUUAUGUAGCAUCGAUUUAAUUUCAGUUACUGAACUUCCAUCUGUAGGUCUGCUAUCUAUCAGAAGCGAAUUGGAAGAACCUGAAAAUAGUUUAGAACGCAUCCAUAAAAGCAAUAGAAUAACUCUGACCUCAUUAUUAAAAAAGAAUGGAUACGAUCCCGUCGACUUCGGAAUUUCUGCUUACAAGUUGAAUACUAUAAUAAAAAAAAUCGAAGACGCUUUGAACGAAGUAGAUGUACUUGUGAUAAUGGGCCAUUCAAACGACAAAGAUAUAUUAAAACCAAUUUUAAGGGAAUAUUUUAACGCUAUAAUACAUUUCGGUCUCUUAAACAUGAAACCAGGGAAAUCGACAACGUUUGCCUCAUGCACGUACAAUUAUAAGAGAAAGUUUUUUUUGUGCAUGUCGGCAAAUCCGGCAACAGUUCCCAUUGUCGCGCACAUAGUGCUUCUACCACUUCUAAACACGAUGCAUUGCAAUUUCUUUAAAGAGCCUAUUAUUUUGCAGACUUGCAUGAAUAAUCACGAGUUGCAUUUGCGUCCGAAAUUUUCAUGGACAACUAUACAAUGGGCAGAAAAGGAGAAGUUUCCAAGGGCUUAUUGCUCAAAAAAUCAAGAUAUAAUGAAAUAUCAAAAAGCUAAUGCACUUUUAAUGUUGCCGCCGCGCACGUGGCAGGUAUCGAAGUUAGACGCAGCAUUCGUAUCAGGAAUGUUUUUCGUACAGCAAGUAAUACAUAAUUAUGAUCCAUAUAAUUAUGAUCCCAGUAGUGAUGAUCAAAUGAAAGAAUCAAAUGAAACAAAUGUUAAAAAAGAAAUGGAUGAAGCCACUCUAAUUGCAGAAUACAUUGCACACAAUUUAGCAGGAAACGUGAAUGUCAUACAUAUAGUGAGAUGUGAUCAAAAAAAAAUAAAGGCAGAGUUAACUUUGCUGAGCACUCAAUACAGUGGUAAUGUCAUCUUAUUUGUUGGCAAUACUUUGAGUGAUAUUGUACAUGACGCAAUUGAAGAAGUUAUCGAUAAGAUUAUUCCUAUUGACGUACACAUGUUGAUACCAGGCUUAGCAGAGGGACUAAAAUGUUUCAUUAAUCGGCCGAUAUGUGGAAUAGUAAACGGGAACCUUGUUAUUAAUAUGUGUGGCCCCUAUUUAAAUGUGCAAGAAAGUUUGGAAACAUUUGGAAACACAAUACUGGAUAUAGUAAGCUUAAUGAAUGACCCAAGUAAUCAGACUUUUGAAGUAAAGAAGGAAGGAGAUAAUUAUGAGCUAUGUAAUAAUAACGGAAAUGAUAAUUAUGCUGGGCCAUCUAACAGUAAUAAUGAUCACACAUAUAAUUCUGCUGGGCCAUCUAAGAGUAAUAAUGAUGACAUAUAUAAUUCUGCUGGGCCAUCUAAGAGUAAUAUUAAUAAUAUUAAUGGUAAUAAUUACUCAUUUGAUGAUGAUGAUAAUUUUUAUGACUUAUCUUAUGAUGAUAAUAAUGAUAAUUCUGCUGGAUCACCUAAGAAUAGUAGUAAUGACGAACAUAAUUCUGAUAAGAAGAUAGAUCUCUCCUGCGAAGAACAAUCGGUACAACUUAAAAUAAUGGAAACCUUAUUACUGAAGGACUUAUAUAAGAAACAUAAGAAAAGCGAAUUGGUAUCACUGGAAAAGGCAAGAGAUAUAAUGAUAAAAGUAGUAAAUAAAUAUUAUACACAUUGUACAGUAAUUGUACCUACGAAUAAUGCCUAUGGCAGAAUAAUGGCCAAAGACAUACAUUCUUAUGUAAACGUGCCGUCUUGUAUGACUUCCAGUAAACAUGGAUACGCGGUUUUGGCCAGUGAUGGGCAAGGUGUCAGAAAAGUGUUGAAAGCAGAUCUCUCGUUAACUAAAAAGAUUUCGAUCGUACCUGGCACUUGCAUGCGAGUAAGAAGUGGAGAUGCUAUACCCGAUGGAGCAACGGCAGUUGUAAAGUCUGUGGAUACACAGAUAAUAAGUGAACAUGAUAAUGAUGAUUGUUUUAAUAUCGACCACAUGGAAUAUCAAAUUAAGAUUUUAGUUGCUCCAAAAAAGGGUGAAAAUAUUAGAGAGGCUGGCUGCGAAAUACGAACCAAUGAUAUUAUUAAACGCAAAAACACUCGUGUUAAAACAGCGGACCUGGGCGUUUUGACAUUAUGUGGCAUCGAUUCAAUUAAAGUCUUUAAAGUUCCAUCUGUAGGUCUGCUAUGUAUCGGUUAUGAUGUAUUAAAACCUGAAAACGCUUCAACUAUAGAACGCAUAUACGACUGCAACAAGAUAAUUGUGUCCUCGUUAUUAAAAAAGAAUGGUUAUAAUCUUAUAGACUUUGGAAUUUCGGUUUAUACGCCGAAUAUUAUAGAAUACAGACUCAAGGAAGCUUUGAACGAAGUUGACUUACUCGUGAUAAUGGGCCGUGCGAACGACAAAGAUAUAUUGAAGCGCAUCUUAAAGAUAGUUUUCAACGCUAAUAUACAUUUCGGUGGCGUGAACAUAAAACCAGGGAAAUCAACAACAUUUGCAACGUGUACGUUCGAACAGAAGAGGAAGUUCUUCCUGUGUAUGUCGACAAACCCAACGACCGUACCCAUUGUCACGCAUGUAUUGCUUCUGCCGUUAUUGAACAUACUAUGCUGCAAUAAAGACAAUGGUAUUAUGCAGAUACAGACUGGCAUAAAAACAUCUCACAACUUGCACCCGCGUCCAAAAUUGUCGUGGACAUCGAUUGAGUGGUCGGAGAAGAGCAUGGAUAUACAUGCAAAUGCUUACUGCCUGAAUUCUGAACAUGAGCAAAUGACAAAAUAUCAAUACAGUAACGCGCUUCUAUUACUACCGAGCCACACGCCAGAGGUGCCAAAGUUAAACGCGAAUUCAGCAUUUUUAACGGCGAUAUUUACGGGCAACUGAAAAAUGUCCAAAUUGUUCUCGAUUG